AUGCUUCAUUUACUCUGCAGUUCAUUCGUUCCAAGCAUAAUUUCACUAGACGCAAUUUUCCAGCUGAAUGCAAAUGUUUGUGCAUAUGGCAAUUUUCAGGCUUUUGCGAUAUUUCUGUACAGCACGCUGAGUGUGGUAGCAAUAUGCGGUAAUUCGCUGAUUGUGCUGGUGAUAUUGUAUUUUCGACGACUACGAACUGCGACCAAUAUAUUGAUACUGAAUCUGGCGAUUGCGGACCUCAUGAUUAGUGUUCUUUGUAUGCCGUUCUCGUACUGGCAUGUCAUCAUUUUCAGUGAUCAACGAUGGAUCUUCGGUGCUGCCUUCUGUAAACUAUUCGCAUUCUUACAAGCAACGGCCGUGUUCCUCAGUUCAUGGACACUUGUUGCUAUCAGUUUCGAUCGUUUCACGGCAAUAAUAUUUGUGAUGUCACCGUGGUUAAGGUUGACCAGGCAUCGUGCAAUGUAUUUGGUUUCAAUCACAUGGACAUUCUCGCUGAUCAUGGCUGCACCUCUUUUUUAUGUGAAUCAGAUUCAACGACGUCACGGCGUUGAUACAUGCGAAGAGUACGGUUGGCAAUACUUGGAGCGUAGGUUCGGUGAUGGUAUAACGCAUAGUUACGGUACACUUGUGUUCAGUCUACAGUACUGUCUUCCACUUACAGUACUGGUGAUAACGUAUGCAUCGAUCGGUGUUAAAAUGUGGAACAGUCGAGUGCCUGGCGUGCACACCUCAACGAGAUGUAUUGUUAAUGAGCGACAUGAAUCUGUUAAGAAGGUCUCUUUCUGA